AUGCAGAUCCAUCUUUGCUGUGGGGACCAGUCUUUUGGAAGCACUGAAAUACCCCUAUCUGGAUUACUGAAGAAAGGAAAUGUAGAGAUCGAUCAACAUCCUGUGGCAAUAGAGGGAGCAUUUGUCCUUGUUCCACCAAAUAGAGCUAAAGAUAAACUGCCGCAGUUGCCUUUGGAUAUGGCUCCUACUGUUGGGGUAUCUGUAGUUCUGCAAAGGGAGAGCUUGAGCGCCCAGCCUGUGGUUCCCUUAAAUGCUUCAACUGGACCUAAUCAGCCACAGGAGAAAGUACUUUCAGCUAUUAAAGGGAAAACAGAGAGCCUGCAGCAGAGAUCCCAGAAUGCUCCAUCUCAGGUUAACCACUCUUCAUCACAAGACGAAGCAACAGAAAGCGAAGUGGAAAGUCUUAAGUUUGAAAAAGGCAUGAAAGUAAAGAAAAAGGGGCUGGUGGCUGAGUCCUGCCAAGAGGUUAACAAACAGUGUACUGAAGAGCUUCCAGUUUUCAAACUGCAGAGCAGACCAAAGUCACCUCUAUUGUCAGAUCUACAAAAUCCCGCUGAUAAUGGUCCAGUAGGUGCCUGUCAGCCUAACCCUGUGGGUGCAUCCAGUUCUUCUGAGCCUGUGUCAGCACAGAAAAUUGUUAUUCCAGCAGCAUCUCACCAUUUUUGCUUUUCAAUAGACUUGCGAAGUAUACGUGGACUGGAAGUUGGUUUUCCAAUAAAUUGCAUUUUAAGGUACUCAUAUCCAUUUUUUGGCAGUGCAGCACCUAUUAUGACAAGCCCACCUGUAGAAGUUAGAAAAAACAUGGAAGUCUUUCUUCCACAAUCCUACUGUGCAUUUGAUUUUGCAACUAUGCCUCAUCAGCUUCAAGAUACAUUCUUGAGAUUACCGCUGUUGGUCGAGUUGUGGCACAAGGAUAAAACAGCUAAAGACUUACUUCUAGGGGUGGCGAGACUUCAACUUUCAAAUGUUUUGGCUUCUGAAAAAACACGGUUUUUGGGUGGUAAUGGCGAACAGUGCUGGCGUCAGACUUAUAAUGAAACAGUCAGUGUCACAGCAGCACAAGGGUCAGGCAGCAGAAUAGCAGACCUUUCAUACACUAUCACUUUGGAAGACCACGGGCUUGUGAAAAUGCAAGAAGUUCUGGUGUCAGAUUCUUCUCAAUGUGUAGGUGCUGGUCAGCAGCGGCAUGUCCCUCACACUCAGCCUCGUGCCCCAGAAAAACAUCCAGAGCCUCGAGAAACUCUUGAAUACAAAGCUGCACUGGAGUUGGAAAUGUGGAAGGAAAUGCAAGAGGACAUUUUUGAAAAUCAGCUUAAGAAGAAGGAAAUGGUCCAUAUGCAAGUACUUGCAGAAGAAUGGAAGAAAAGAGAGAGAGAAAGAGAAGCAUUAGUGAAGAAGAAGGUAGCAGAAUAUACUGUUUUGGAAGAACAACUUCAGAAAACCCUGAGAGAUCUAGAUAAGCGAGAACGGCAGCUUUUUAGUGCUGAAUCAGAGCUUCAAACAGUAAAGAAAGAGUUGCAAGCAGACCAUGAACGAAAGCUACAGGAGCUACAGGAUUCUGUGCGGCGAGCCAGAGAAGAAGGUGCACACCAGGUUGAGCUAGAAAGGUCAAAAAUCAAACAGCUGGAAGAAGACAAGCUUCGCUUACAGCAGCAGCUCAAUGAAGCAGAAAAUAAGCAUAAAAUUUUGGAGAAGGAGUUCCAGCAGUACAAAGAACGACAAAGUAGCAAACCAGAAGUCAAGCUACAAUCGGAAAUAAAUCUGCUCACUUUAGAAAAGGUUGAACUUGAAAGAAAGUUAGAGUCAGCUACCAAGUCAAAGCUCCACUACAAACAACAAUGGACAAGGGCUUUGAAAGAACUUGCAAGGAUAAAACAGCGUGAACAAGAAAAUGCAAUGGCUCACCUUAAAAAACAGCAGCAGGAGUUGGAGCACAUGAGGUUGCGCUACUUGGCAGCAGAAGAAAAAGAGCUGGGGAAAACAGACCGUCAAGAGUUGGAGGAUAUCAGAAAUGAACUUAACAGGCUAAAGCAACAGGAAGAAGAAAGAAAGCAAUUGCAAGAUGUUAGAGAUAAUUCUGCUGGUAGAGUUUCUAAUUCUAGAAAAUUAAAUGAGAACAUGGAUGAUUAUCUCUCUCGUCUGAUAGAAGAGAGGGAUACCCUGUUGAGAACAGGAGUAUAUAAUCAUGAAGACCAUAUUGUGAGUGAACUUAAUCGUCAAAUCAGAGAAGCUAUUGCAAAAAGGAACAUCACUAAAUAA